AUGCGCUUCCUGAACUCCUUCGUGGUCCUCCUGGCUGCUGGUGCAGCUCAGGCAGUUUCAUCCUGGGGGUUUGACGACGCCACUCUCUCUGUCACUGCUAAGAAGGGCGAUGGAGUUGUCAAGCAGAAAUUCUCCGAAAAAUCGCUCCCCGAGUCGCCCGUCGCGUUGGGCAGUGCAGAUACCCUUAAGAUCAUUUUAACGGCCAAGGAGAAUGGCAAGGCGGCCAAACCUCACCAGGCCUUCCUCCUCCUGCAGGAACCCGACAGCGGUCUCGAAGCUCCGUUCCCUCUGACUCUGAAGGAGAAUGGGAAGGCGACCGUUGAUAUUAAACAUAUUGACAUCCCCGCUCCCCUUCUGCUUGCGACCAAACCCCUCCACGCCUCCCUGAUCAUCGCCUCAUUCGGCUCGUCCCAAGGCUAUAACAGCCCCGUCUUCGACGUCGUGAUCAAGCUAGACCCCAGUGCCACUCCAGCUUACGAGAAGCCGCUGCGCUACGGAAAGCUUGAGGAGAUCCACCACACGUUCCGCGCCGACGCCAAGAGCCCGCCCAUGACCAUCUCGCUGGUUUUCGUGGGACUUGUCGUUGCUACUGUCCCCACUUUGUUCUUCUAUUGGGGCCAAUUGGGCGGGAACGUCGCACACCUCCAGAAGGCCUUUUCCGCCGCGCCCGUCUCGCACGGCGUCUUCUUCGGAUCGAUAGUCGCCAUGGAGGCUGUCUUUUACCUAUACUACUCGACAUGGAACCUGUUCCAGAUCCUGCCCGUCAUUGGCGCCGUGGGCGUAACUACCGUCUUGAGCGGAACCAAGGCACUGGGUGAAGUGCAGAGCCGACGAUUAGCAGGUGAGAGGUAG